AUGGAAGCAAGACGUGCAAAAGUUCGUAAAACUAAAAGCAAUGCAUAUUCAUCAAAUCUUUCAGAAUUAGACUCAAUUACCUCAAGUUAUGGCUCAAAAGUUUUAAAUCUAAUUAUCUCCAAUAAUAUUUAUCCUUCUUAUGAACCUACGUUUGCUCCUAUUAGAGAUGCUUUGAGAAUUCAUCCUGGUGACAAAUCAAAUACCUCAUUAUAUAUUCCUUCGGAUUUUCAUAUAAAUGAGCACUGGAGCCCCGCGCCUAUUUUUUAUAAUCCAGAUGGGGAUUAUAGCUCAGUUGAUGAAUUGGAAGAAGAACACGUUGUUCAUGAAGAAGAUCAAGUUGGUUACGGCAAUUCAUAUUAUAUGUCGGGCACAGUUCUUUUUAACUAUACUGAUCCUUUAUCAGGAAGCUUCUUAAGUUGCGGUUUGACAGAUAAAUGGGAAAAUAUCAUUAUUGAUGCUAAUGGUGCCUAUACCCUGGAGAUGAGUAAACCUAAUGUCCCUAUUUUACCUCACGUUUUAUGUGUAAAUAACACCUCAAAUAACAAUGACACAAAAUUUAAUAUUCAAUCUGAUUCUCUGGAACCUUAUUUUGUGAUUAAUCCUGGAGAAAAUUUUACAUUUUUUGGUGUGAACAAUGAAACUAAAAAAAUUUACGCCAAUAAUUUUUUAUAUUAUGAAUUUAAUUAUAAUUCUUACAACCUUUUAAUCGAACCACAGUUUUAUUACGAUCCCUUAAACUUUUUUAAAACCAAUCUUAAAUUAUUUGAUUCAAACUCAUCUUCUUCUAACCACAACGUUCGUUUCAAUAUGGAUUGCAAUGGAAGAAAUUUUACUAUCGAAAAUAAUAUCACACAAAGUUUGCUGGAUUUUCAUACUCUUUAUGUUUUGGGAAAUGUUAGUUAUGUGCUAACAUUCACUUUGGCAAAACAUCUUGAAGGUAACCUUUCGUCUUUUGGGAUUUUUCAUAAUAAGGUUGCACUUGGGUAUUUCAGAUAUUCAAAUGUUUUAACUAUUACUCAAUCUUUAUAUUUUACCAAAAAAACUAUUUUUGAAUUUGAGUAUAAUGACAAUAUUACAAGCACAACUACUUAUCAAACUGCUAAAACUGUUGAAAAAUGGGGUACCCAUCUUAUUCCAAUUGUCCUCAACAUCAAAGUACCAAGAUUUGUGUAUACUGUGCUAAGUGAAACUUUGGGUAUAACUGUCAAAGGGUCCAAUGAAUUGGGGUUCUAUUACCCAGGGAAAAUUAGAUAUGAAGCAACUUCAAUUGUUAUUGCUAUUGUUUCUGUAACUUUAGCUUCUUUGGUUUUGUUUUUCAUUACAAAACUUAUUCUAUAUAAAUGUCCUCAAGGUAUUCCAACAUACUAUGGUCUAUUGCAUGAAUAUCAUAAGAAUCGUUUAGAUGCAAGUCCUCCAUAUGAUGCUGACAUUGAACGCCAGUCUAUUUUUAAGAUUAUUGACAAAGCUUAUGAAGGUGUAGGGUAUGAUGGAAGAUUGCAAAGAAAUCGAGUUGGAGUUCUUGAUGAGGUCACCAUUAGAACUGGUACUAAUAAAAAUGGUGUGAUUAAGCGACGAUUCAUACACUAA